UUGAUAAAAGGAACGUUCAUCAUCAUCACAUACUCGAUACAACAAAUUAGAUCUUGUGGCUGCCAUCAAAGGUUCCAUUCCACAGUAUCGCUAUUAUCAUAAAUGCCAACCAAUAGCGGCGGAACGGCAGCAAGAGGUGGGAAACGCGGAACUUUGCUUCUAGUCGCCGUUCUUUUGGUCAUUCAAUUCGUAUCAUGGCGUGGGACUUAUAGAUUGAAAGCAAGCUCUUUAUCAAGAGAGAUCAUCAGCAACAAUAUCUUGAUCAAAAGGCAAGUCUUCGAAGAUCCAGUAGACAAUAUUUUGGCAAACCAGAACUAUUCAGUCUUAGAAGAAGAUGUUCUCCUAAAUAACAAGAAGGAGGACAAGAAGGACAAGAAGAAGGAAAAGGAAGACAAGAAGCAUAAUAAAAAGGAAAAGAAGAGAAAGGACAAAGAUAAAAAGAAGCAUAGCUCUUCUUCUAGCUCCCAUCUAUCUUCAACACACACUUUAUCUUCUUCCUCAAAAUCAAAAGUGGUCUCAACCUCAUCCACAAAGUCAGGAUCGACCACUGCAACCCCGCAUUGUCAGCCGUUACCUACGGAAUCGUCACCUAAAGAUGUUUGUGAUCACGUCAGAAAAUACUGCCCUCCAACCGGCCACCUGAAUUACCUAGAAUUUUUCUACUGUAUUGGUUUGGAUGAGGUAGGAAAUACGAAAAUUGUCAGUGCACAACCAACAUCCGCACCAACUUCACAAGCUGAACUCAGACGUCUUACGAACGAAGAGCUCAACAUCUCUCGUAGCAAAAAGAAGCAACAUGACGCAUUGACCUCCGCACAGAAAGGGCUAAGGGCUGUGGCUUUGGCGAUAAUCAUAAGUUGGAUGUUGUUCCUCUUCUCUUGGGUGGGUAUCGUUGCUAGCGAUUUCUUUUGUCCCAAUCUGAGCACAUUGGCUGCUCGUUUGGGAUUGAGUGAAAGUACAGCCGGUGUAACUUUUUUGGCCUUCGGUAAUGGUAGCCCGGAUGUCUUUUCCACCUUUGGUGCAAUGCGAACCGGAUCGGGUUCAUUGGCAAUCGGAGAAUUGAUCGGAGCGGCAUCUUUUAUCGUUAGUGUUAUCUCCGGAUCGAUGAUGCUUAUCGCACCUUUUCGGGUGAAGCCAUAUCCAUUCAUGCGUGAUGUUGGAUUCUUUACUGUGGCCGUUUCCAUGACUAUGGCAUACUUGAUGGACGGAAAGCUAUUGUUCAGUGAAUGCUUGAGCAUGAUUGCGCUGUACAUUUUAUAUGCUGCAACAAUUAUCAUCGGAUCAUGGUGGCAAGAGAGAAGAAGGCAGAAGCGCUUGAGAAUGGCCAACAUUCGAAGUGAACAUAGCACAGGCGAGCAAACAUACGAAUCCUUUAGCGACACAGAAGGACAAACGCAUUCCGUUCAAACUGAACGUUCACCGAUGCUAGGACCUUUCAGCGCGGUGGAAUACGAGCCAGAUGAGGAUCCAUUCACUCAAUGGGCAGAUCAACAGGAUGCCAUCAAUAACGGUCACUUGACACCCUACUCCGGCAUGUCUGCCACCCAUUCGCCUCUGCUUCACCCUAUCGAUUUACCGACAGCUUCGAGCAACGGGGGCGGAAAUACAGCAAACUCAAGACUCCUGCGAUUUAGAGCGGGUGUGCUCGCUCGUCAUUCUUUACUGGGAGCGGUUGAAUUUCGUGAUGUAGUACGCAGCUUGCAACAAGAAUCCUCAGCUGAUAGAAGUAUGGAAAUCUUCCAAAGCCGCGAUCCGGAGAGAUACUUGCCUCAUCCACAACAUUCGCAUUUUCAUCAAUCACCUCAAGGCGAAGCCAAUAGCCGCAGACAUUUGCGUACAAAAAGUCUCACAAGACCACACACUUCACGAUUAACUCUCUCGCCCAAUGAAGGAAUUCGUGCUUCAUUGGUACGAAGUAGAUCGACUAUUGGCUCAUCGGCAGAUGCUGGUGCAAUGACUGAUGUUGUCCGUCCAACAUUGGAGCAAAUCGGCCAACAGUCUGAAUUAUCUUCAAUGGCUGCUGCUGUGGACGAUCCUUGGAAGGAGCAUAGUCCUUCGGAUGGUUGUGAGACAGAAACAAUGCUCCCGCCAUCUGCCUUGCCGCUGGAUCAAGCUGGUAAUGACGACGAGGAUCGAGAAGCACAAGCCGCUACUGCUCAUGCCAAACCUGUCCUGCCCAGGCUUGCUAUUCGAAAAGCAACCAUGUCGACCACAAAUCAAGAUGGGAUUUCUAGACAAGACAGCAAGAAAUCAUUGGACAUCUCCUCUGUACGCCAAAGGCAACACUUUGAGUCACCCUUUUCAAGUAAAGAAGCAUUCUUCCGCGCCGUUCAACGUACAAGAAGAGCUCUUUUCCCAUCUUUGCGACACUUUCGUGAAAAGUCAUGGCUUGGAAUUGUAGUCGGAAUUGUGACUGCACCUGCCAUCUUACUCUUACGAAUGACAUUACCUGUUGUCGAUGAUUCAGAAGAACAAAGUCUGGUCACAGGAGAGAAGAAAGCACGUGGAGGUAGUGAGUCCGGACAGAUUCGUUUGGCGGGUGACGAAUCACCAUUAAAUGCACAUCAGCGCUCAUACUCAAGAGCAAAUGAAGCUGAUGAAGAAGAGGAUGAUGAUGAAACUGUCGGAGGCCGCGGUGUGAUUGAUCUCAGCUCUGCGCCUGUAGAUGAUCCGUGGAAUUCAAGUAUCGCGCAACAAGAGGGUGCAGAUGAUGAAGGAGAAGAGGCUAACCGUCAGCGUCAAUUGCAUGUCGCCUCAGCUCUUCGACAUCUGCCAGAAGAAGGAUCACCCUUACUUAACGAUUACAAUCGACCAUCUCACGCCCAAUCGCCUAUGAGCAAUUUAAGCCGAAAUGUUAGCCAUCACGGAAAGAAACGAGCUCUCUCCACAACUGAAAGUGUCAAUUCCUGUCACAGCGAUGAUUCUCACAUUUCUUCUCCGACUCAAAAUCUGUUUUUGAUCGUUGCACAAUGCGCUUUUGCACCUCCAUUUUGCGUUUGGGCAAUCACUUCCUCUGCUCGAUCCUCACACGUUUUGGCUAAAACGAUCUUUGCGCUGUUUUGCGGAUUGGCACUUGCGACUGUGGUUCUCUUUGCGGUCAUGCAUAGAAGGCAUAGUGGAAGCAGGACUGUUCAUCCUGCCUUGAUUUCAGCUUCAGGCUGGGCACGUGUUGCUGCUGGCUUCUUUGUUAGCAUCCUCUACAUUAUGACAAUCGUUGAUGAGGUCGUCAGCAUUCUCCAAACAUUGGGAGUCGUGCUGGGAUUAAGCGAUGCAAUUCUGGGAUUGACCGUAUUCGCAAUGGGCAAUAGUCUCGGAGAUCUAGUUGCCAAUAUCACCAUUGCAAAGAUGGGCCAUCCUGUUAUGGCAAUCUCGGCAUGCUUUGCAGGUCCUUUGCUCAAUCUGCUAUUGGGUAUCGGUAUCUCAGGUUCAUGGCUACUUUCAAGAAAAGACAACGUCCCUGGUCAUACCAAUCACCUUUCCCUCAUGCGACACGAAAAGCAUGAGCAAGGUAUUUAUUAUAUCGACUUUUCACCUACUUUGACCGUCAGCGGUUUUGGAUUGUUGUUGAUCUUGGUAGGAACGUUGAUCAUGGUGCCAAUGAACGGAUUUUAUUUAAGCCGAAAGAUUGGAACAACAUUGAUUGUCACAUACAUCAUCAUCAUGUGCGUCAAUAUUGGUGUAGAAGUGUACAGCCUUCACAGUACACUUUACCCCAUUUAAUGAUUCACCUUUUACUAUUUCUGACUUGCUUCAUAUUGACGAUUUCAACUUCCCGUUUUGUAAAACAUCGAUUCGACAUUUGUACAAAUAAUGCUAUACUACAUCGUAUAUCGCUUUUUUACACGAAGAAGAGUGAACCAGUCGGCGCGAUCUCUGCAGC